ACCCCCGCGGGUCACAUGACGGAGGCCGGGCCCGGGCGGGGUUAUCGAGCAGCCCCUCCUCUCAGAACGGGAUGCUGGUUAGCUUCGGGUUAGCUUAGCCUAGCUUAGCUCCGGUAACGGUAACCGGUUCAUUUACCGUCCGCUUCUCUUGUGUCGCGAUGACGUGAAGCAGCGUCAGUCCGCGGCAGGCUGAGCUAACGGGGCCGGUGUGUUCGGGCUCGUUGUUCGGGUUAGCUGCCUGUGCUAGCCCUCCUCUGUUAGCUGUUUACCAGGAGCUAUCCUCGGGGGACACGGACAACCAGCGGCCGGUCUAAGUUCCGGUGAAUCCUCGGCGGCAGCGUCGCACAUGAUGGACGGAGCCGCGCUGCUGUAGGAGCCGAGGAGGCUCCUGGUGGAGUUAGCAUCAGGCCUGAACACCAACACUGCUCCCCUCCUCCCUUCCUCCCUUCUUUCCUUUCUCCCUUGCUUCCUUCUUCCCUUCCUCCCUUCCUCCCUCACCAUGGAGUCCGGCCUCAACCCGCUGCCACAGUUCCCGGAGAACUCCUAUAAAAUGACCGAGGAGGACGUGAAGAGGCUGAUUGAGUUCAGGGCGUCCAACGAGGCUCUGUUCACCGGGAAAAGAAACUCUGCCAAGAUAGCGUGGAGCACCAUCCUGAAGGUCCUGGGUCUGGAGGGGAAGCUGACCGCAGACCAGAUCGCCAAGAAGUGGGACAACCUGCGAACCAAGUACAAGGACCUGAAGCAGCCCUAUCAGGGUCAGGACAACAUGGGGGGUGUCGUGGAGUCGUGGCCGUGGUUCCACAUCAUGGAUGAAGCCAUGCAGGGUCGACUCUACAACAGCAACCUGGUGCUGAGCCUGGAGCCCGCCACCAACGCUGGUCACCACGGCAACAGCCAGUCAAGCCAGACCCAGGAGAACACUGACAUCCUGGAGUUCCUCAUCAAGACCGAGAUGGAGGAUACAGUGGCAGCGGAGACGGUGGAGGACGAUGGGACGGCCCACACGGAGGCUCCUCCUACAGAGGGAGUCCCAAUGGGCUGGAGGAGGAUGACCGAGUGCUCGUAUAAAAUGACUGAACCAGAAACUGAGCGAAUGAUCAAACUUCGAGCUGCGAACGAAGCGCUCUUCACUGGCAGGAAACAUUCAGCCAAACCGGCCUGGAGAGCCAUUCUGUACGAGCUAGGUCUCCAGGGGAAGCUGACCACUGAUCAGUUAGCCAAGAAGUGGGACAAUCUGAAGAGGAGAUACAAGGAGCUGAAGUUUCCUGCUCGAGGAGUGGAGACGAACCCCAGCUCCUGGCCCUGGUUCUACCGAAUGAACGACGCCAUGGAGGGACGAUUUGCCAACGUUGCUCCCAUCCUAACGCCCAUUGUGGAGGACGAAGAUGAAGACUGUGAGCCUCUGUCCCCAGCGCCCAAGAAACGAGCCCGCCGAAGCCGAGGGGGGAUGGCGGAGUUUCUGACGGAGUCGGAGAUGGACCUGCUGGUGGACAAUGAGGAGAAAAACGGGUCCACGGCUUUGGGAGAGCUGCACCGGAUGUCGGAGUUCACCUAUAAAUUGACAGAAGACGACACCAGGCGACUGAUAGAGUUACGAGCUGCUAACGAGUCUCUGUUCACCGGGAGGAGAAACACUGCAAAGCCGGCCUGGAGGGGGAUAGUGAAGGAGAUGGGUCUGACGGGGAAGAUAACACCAGACCAGGUCGCCAAGAAGUGGGACAACCUGAAGACCAAAUUCAAGGACCUGAAGUUUCCGCCCCGGGGGAUGGAGAACCAGACUAACCCGGCCUCCUGGCCCUGGUUCCACCUGAUGAAUGAUGCCCUGGAGGGACGUCUGUCGGGCAAAGCUUCCAGAGUGACACCCGUCUGGACCAAUGAGGAGGACGCCGUCUUUGGCUCGUCUCCUCCUCCCGACAGUUUGAUGGCAGAAAGGAGCAGCGUGUCGGAGCUGGAGAGUAUGGUCGGGGGGGACAACACCGAGUCUGAUGGGAACGUCACCUACAUCGACGCCAGUGGAGAGGAGUGUUCAACGCCCUCUGACCUCUCAUACAAAAUGAGCGACCAGGACACCAGGAUGAUGAUUAAACUACGAGCGGCUAAUGAAGCCUUGUUCACCGGGAGGAGAAACGCUGCCAAGGCCGCCUGGAAGGCCAUCCUGAAGGAGCUGGGGCUGCAGGGGAAGGUCUCAACCUACCAAAUGGCAAAGAAAUGGGACAACCUGAAGAGGAGAUACAAGGUUACACACUGA